GCUGGCUGGCCAGGCUGGGGCAGGCUGGCUGCUGCCUGCAGAGCUGGCGGCCCCAGUGUGUAGCUGGGUGUCAGCAGUGGCGGCCGCCGGUCUCCGAUGCGGCCAGCUCCUCUCCACGACGACCCCCGCCGGCCGUCGGCCUCGUGCUGCUGCUGCUGCGGCUGCUGCAGCCGGGGGCCGCGGCCACGCCGCCCCCGCCUCGCCCUCUGGCUGCGCCGAAUGCUGUGCCUCGGCGCCGAGGCCGCCGGGGGCGGCACCUCGUCGCCCGCCUCCUCGGCCACCCCCGGCGGCCUCAACGCGGCCAGCGACACCAUGUUGCUCGACUCGUCCGACCAGGAGCUUGUCGUGAGACGCUCGAGUGCGGUCCAGAGGGCCUCGUCUGCGUCAUCGGGAGCCAGCGACUCCGCUGCUGCAGCUCAAGACGCCUGCCCGCCGUUCGACGAUGGAGCCGCGUCCUCUCUCUACAUUCGCAUGAUUGCUAGUCCAGGAUCAGCGGCGGGGGCGAGCAGCAGCAGCAGCAGCGGGGGCGAGGGGUGUUCGUCGGCGCGCAGCCUGAGCGAUGCCGACUGGCUGUUACUCGAAGGGCUAGACACGCGGCUGCAGCGCACGUUGCACACCGGACGCUUCCUCACCAUGCACAAGCGACGGCGGAGAAGAUUGAACACGCGGUCGGCGGCGAUCGGCGGUAUACAACCAGCCAUCCUCGACGACAUCCACCACGGACAAGUACAAUGUGUGCUAAAUAAAGUUGGAGACUGGCCAUUCAAUGCAUUCAUCCUGGACACAGUGACUGGUGGGCGGUCUCUGCCGGUGCUGUGUGUCCACCUGUUCCACUGGUAUGGACUCUUUGAGCACUUCCAGCUGGACGUAGUUCGCGUUUGGAAACUCUUCACUCUCAUUGAGGAGGGUUAUCACGGGACCAAUCCUUACCACAAUGCCAUCCACGCCACAGACGUCACCCAAGCAAUGCACUGUUUCCUCCAAGAAGAGAAAAUCCGAAACCACCUGACGCCCCUAGAAAUAAUGUCCGCCCUUGUGGCAGCCGUAACGCACGACCUGGAUCACCCUGGGGUGAAUCAACCCUUCUUGAUCGCCACCUCCAACCACCUAGCCGCUCUUUACGAGAACACGUCGGUUCUGGAAAACCACCACUGGCGCUCGGCCAUUGGGUGCCUGCUCGAGAGCUGCGUCGCACAACAAAUGGGCCCAAACUCGGCCGCCUUGGAGCAGCAAAUCAGUUCGCUCAUCCUUGCCACAGACAUUACCAGACAGCAGGAGUUCCUAACAAGGUUCAAGGUGCGUGCAGUUAGUGGUCUUGUUCCCAUCGAUUCCGCAUUGUCGACAAAACAAAAUCGGUACUUGGAAUGCGACAUGCUGGACAUGAGCAAAGAAGAGGACCGCCACUUCAUCUUGCAAAUUGCGCUCAAGUGUGCCGACAUCUCGAACCCGUGCCGCCCGUGGGAUAUUAGCAAAAAGUGGAGCCAGAAGAUCUGCGAGGAAUUCUUCCGGCAGGGCGACUACGAGCGCCAGCUCAACCUGCCCGUCACCUCUCUUUGUGAUAGACACACAAACUCCGUCCCAAAAAUCCAGGCUGGCUUCUUCCAGUUCGUGGUGUCGCCGCUGAUGAAAGAGUGGGAGCACUUCCUCAUCUCGCCGCUCGCUAACAACAUGAUGGACCACCUCAGGCUGAACCAGACAAAGUGGGAAACGCUGCUGACCGCCGAGUUGGCCGAGGAGACUAAGACUGAGGUAUCCGAAGCGGAAGACCUCGACGACGAGCAGGAUUUAGAUCAGAUCAAUUGUCCACCGACACUACCGCCGUCGUUGCUCGUCAAACGAAGAUACUCGCUGCCUCUGAGCGUGUCCCACCUAGCAGUGGCCAGGACUACAAUCCGCAGGGAGAGUCUGCCGGACAGUCGGACUGGACCGAGGUUCCCGCUCGAGACCAUUUUGCACAUCGAGCGCGGCGAAGGUAGCUCCACGCUGUCGCUGUUCUCUGAACAUGGCAGUGGAUCGGUGCGGAGUUUGGGUCCGCCAGCGCCAAACGAUGAGCCUCGGCCGGUGAGUGCGGAGAACCUGUUGCCAGAGCCGAGCAUCGCGUCCAUCACGACCAGCUCGGCGGCCGUGAAGCUGAACUCGGUGCUGCACCCGUCAGGGCGGCACCUGACGCGGCAGCAGACGUUCCCACCGCUGCACCCCAGCUGCCACCCUGCCACCCGCUACCGGCACAGUACGGCCGGCGCCGAGGUGUUGCGCGAGGCGUCCGACUCGAGCGACACCUCCAGCAGCUCGUCUUGCCACUCUGAGUCCAGGGAGCUGGUGCCCACCAAAAGGGAGCCGCCCGCCGAGCCGGAGCGGGAGCGCGCUGACCGAACCAAAAUUGCAAAGAUCGAGGGCAAGGAGAACCGGGCGCCCUCAGACAAGCACAGAAAAUUGCUGCAGGGAAGCUCGCGGCUGCAGUGUCGUCGCGGGUCGGCGCCAGUGAGCUUGUGCAAGAUGGACGUGGACUCGCUGAAAGGGUCGUCGCCGCCGCUUGAGUACCGACUCAGCCGGCGCGGCUCGGUGCCCUGUGAUGGCUCUCGACAAAGUCUGAUGUUACGCGCCCCGUCCUGCAUGUCCCGGAGAGCUUCUCUGCCUUAUGACCCCGCUACACCCGACCCUUCGCUCAUUUCCGCCCUACCUCAAGCCACCUGUGACUCCGUCAGCUGGACGAAACAUUUGGGUCGAAGAUUCUCAGGUGGCGGCGAUACCUUUGAGACUGACCUGGCCAAGCGAUUCUCAGGAAAGAGACGAGGAUCCCUCCCAACCGAGUUGAGACCCAGAGAAAAGAGGGAAGGAAUAGUCCUGCAGAGCCUGAGUAGAUAGCUGAGCAAUCAAGAACCAAGUGGACCUGAACUGGACUCGGGAGCAUGAAAAUGCAAGCACAACUACCUGCCCAUUUUAUUUUUCACCCUAUCAUUAUAUUUCCGCUUGCGGCGUGUUCAGCCGUGCGGGACUUAAAAAGUAUUUUAUUUUACCUGUAUGUUUUGGUUUUUAAAAGUAUAGAUCAUUGUUUUUAAUUUAUAUAUCACACACACACAAUAAUAAGAAAGUGUCAAACGAAAUAUUUGCAUCAUCCAUAUUGGACGUUCCAAUAAUACACAGAUUGUGUGUCAUAGUUCGGUGUGAGAUUAGCAGCAGUCAGUGUAGUCUGUUAAAAUGCUCUAUACACAGGAUCAUAAAAAAGACUGUCACUUUCACGCAAAAAUCAAUAAUCGUUUACAGAAAUGCGGAAGUGUCUAAGAAAAAUGUUUUGUUGGAUUUUAUUAGUUUGCGAGUGUGGUUACACAUUCGCAAGUUAAAAAUGAAAAAAAUACCUUCAGUAUUGCGCUCUUUUAAGUUAAUCCUGUUUUUGUAUUAUAUUUGUUGGACAACCCACACAUAUCAAAUUUCCAGUGCGUUGCUCCUCUCAAGAAUCGCAUUUUUCGGCCAACAAUUGCACAGAAGAAAAUUUUUGGGCUUUACAAGUCGAACUGGAAAUCAAAACCUGCUUAACAAAUGAGCUCUCAUUAAUCUGCUUUUAAGACAUGAAAAGACUGACAGGUAGUGGACAUGUCAAACGAAUCACGUUAAUGAAAGAGCGAAGAAAACUACGGCGGCGGAGCCCCAAACGUCUCUCAGGUUAAACCUUUCUCUAGCAGCGUACUCAGGACCAACUCAAGGAAGCAGCAAAAGUUGGGCACCGCUCGUCACCGCGACGCGCUACUCUUUUUGAGCUCAUUGAAAAACUAUUCUCUGAAACGACACAUUUUGUCCCGAUUUGAUGCUCUGUAAACAUAAAUAUGUAAUUGGUAGCUAUGUAUCAUGGAUGUCGCGAUUCCUUUGGUCGCAGAUCGAUCAUGCAAUUAUUGUGCUAUAUUCUUUGAUUUUAAUCGUUGUUGCAUUCGUUGGUUCUUUGAAAAUGCCACUCAUGAUUGUGUCAAUGGGACGAGCAUUCGUUUAACACAGGUACUUGGUAAUAAAUAUUUAAAUGUGGCCAACCGAAGAGAUGGCUCGAAUUUGUUUGAAGCUUCUUUCUCAAUAAAACCGCCAAAUAUUCAAAUCGA